AUGCGCGGCAGGAUGGCGUCAGGACUUCUGUCCGGGAUGGCUGUGUUCCUCCUGGUGCUUCUGCAGGGCACACAGUCAGUCUACAUUCAGUACCAAGGCUUCCAGGUCCAGCUGGAAUCAGUGAAGAAGCUGAGUAACCUGGAGCAGCAGUGGCUGCCCAACCCCCGCCUCCAGGCCCAGAGCCUCGUGCCCUCCGUGUGUCACCACCCGGCCCUGCCACAGGACCUCCAGCCCAUCUGUGCAUCCAGGGAAGCGGCCAGCGUCUUCCAGGCUUUGAGGACCAUGGCUAAUGACGACUGUGAGCUGUGUGUGAAUGUCGCCUGUACCGGCUGCCUCGGAGAUGUGGCGCCCUGA